AUGCUCAAGGGCGGCAUGCGCGCAGACGACAAAGAGGUGCUGCGCAUCGCUACUGAGCUCCUGAGUGUUCUGAAGUAUCUGGGUUCCCUGCGGCCCCCCGUGGUGCACCGGGACAUCAAGCCGGAGAAUGUGGUGCUGGAGGGCGGGGCCUGGGGGGGCCGCGUGUACCUCAUCGACUUCGGCGGCGUGCAGGGGGCGAGCCCCACAGGUGACUCGCUCGCUUCCACAAUUGUGGGAACAUUUGGCUACCUCGCACCGGAGCAAUUCAGGGGGGCGGCCACUCCUGCAAGCGACCUGUACGCGCUGGGUGGCACACUGCUCUACCUGGUGUCGGGGCAGCCGCCCUAUGCUUUUCCCCAGGAACGCAUGCGCGUUGCCUAUAAGGACCAAGUCACAACUGGGCCGCAACUGGGUGAGCUGCUUGACGGGUUGCUGGAGCCACAGGCAGAAGACCGCGUCACAGCGCAGGAGGCCAUCGACAUUGCCACGGGCAAGGCAGCCAGGAGGCGCAUGACAGCCACCAUCGGGCGCGAGUCGAUGGCGCAGAAUGCCGCCAGUGUGGGCGUUAAGCGCACAGUGACGCUACCAGACGGCAGCGUGGUUGAAAUAAUGGGCAGCGGCGCAGCUGGGCGGCCCCUGCCGCGCAACGUGAAAAGGCCCACGGGCACGCGUGUGGUGUUGGAUCGUACUGCCGGGCGUCUUGACCUGGAGAUUCCUCCAGAGGGCAUCAGCGGCAACAGCGUUGGCACCGGGGUUUUUGCGGUUGCAUGGAACGCCUUUGUUGCGUUUUGGACUUUUUCAGCGCUAGCUAGCGGCGGCAUCCUAUUUGCACUCUUCUCCGCACCCUUCUGGUUCGCUGGCUGGCAGCUGGCAGGCCAGGCCUUCGGCGGCGCGCUGACAAGGGAGCGCUUCGCCAUUGGCCGCAACAAGUUCCGCCUGGCGCAGGAACUUGCUGUGUUGGAAGGAGGCGUGGCACGAUUCCUGGGGCAGGGGUACCGCAGCGAAGAGGGGGAUGUCAGCGACAUUGCAGGGGCGCGCAUCAUCACCACUGUCAUUGUCAACGGCGCCCCCCGCACGGCUAUAGAAGUGGUGGCGGGCGUCAACAAGUACAG